AAAAAAUAUAUAAGGAGCAGAGUCUUUGAAUGAGACUUUGCAAGGAGCAGAGUCGAGUUGAGUCUGAGAGGAAAUGAAGAGAAUACGGCAACAGCUUCUUACCCUACAACGUCUUCCACUCUCACCAGAGCUCCUCCGCUUUCAAAUUCCCGCCAUUCUUUCUCCAUUUUCUUCUUCUUCCUCCUUCAUUUCCGAUUCUCCAUCAGCUUCCAUAGCCACCAAACCCAAUACCACUCUGACCCACGACGAGCUCACAAGGAUCAAUCUCCUUCUUCCUCGUCUCUGUCUCCACAACCACCUUUCUACUGCUAUCUCUCUUCUCCACGCCACUCUCCUCACCAAUCCUUCACUUCACUCUCUUUCCCUUUCAGUUCUCUCCCACUCACUUGCUUCCCAGUCCGAUUUUGCCCUCACAAUGUCCCUCCUCACUCGUCUUAAGCACCAUCCCAAUGCCCUUCUCUAUUCAACCCCUAUCGUCACUAUGCUUAUUUCCUCUUAUUGCAAACGCCGGAAAUCCAAGGAGGCGUUGAAGCUUUUCCAUUGGAUGCUGAGACCGGGGUCGCCAUGUAAGCCGGAAGAGAGGGUUUAUAAAACCCUAAUUGCGGGACUUUAUAGGAAGGGUAUGACAUUUGAUGCUUUGAAGGUUCUCAGGAAUAUGAUUGAUUCGAAUUUGGUUCCGGAUUGCGAUUUGAGAAAUUGGGUUUUUAGGUCUUUGCUGAAAGAAGCGAUGAUCCCCGAAGCCAUGGAGUUUAAUGAUGCUUUGAAUUUCGUUGGCGAUCAGAAUACAAUUGACCAUCUUCGAAGGGUGUCGGAAUUGUUGAAUCGUAUCAUCACCAAUUGGAUAGACUAGAGAAGAUCUUCUGUAUCAGGUUCCUUUCCUGGAGAAGGAAGAGAAACUUGGUCGUUACCGGUGUAUUCAAUUUCCAGGGAGAGGAAAGGCAGUGAUGCAGGACCCCAUAGUUUUCACAAAUCUUCAAAGUAGAAAGGCUUGAGCAUCAAGUUCACAUCAAAUGUUACAAACUGGGAUAAACAGCUGCAGAAAUUGAGGGUAUAAUGUAACAUAAUGGUGGUUAAAUGUCCCUGCAACCCAAGUGGAGGUUAACUACAUAAUUUUUUCUCUGUUUAGUAUCAUCAUUUUGGACAUGGGGUUUCAAUAGAAUCUUCGCAAAGUUCUCUCAGUUGGUGGUGGGUACUAAGCAUUACCUAAUUCAAACUCGUUAAGACACAAGUAGGUGGGCGUUCCAACUUGAAGUCUCACUCGUUCGAGUUUAGGGAAGAAAAACAUCAAACUCCAGUCAAAAGUUUGAAUGUACUCGUCAGCAAUUUUGAACUUGAUAAAAAACACUGUCUUGUUUUAUUUUUAAUGUGAAUAUUGUAUCGGUUAACUUCGAGACAUUUUUAUGUUCCGUAUGAAAUUUAAAUUCGAAUACAUAUUUCAAUCAUA